AUGACUGAUCAAUUGCCGUACCGUGUUGAGUAUGCUAAAAGUGGACGAGCUAGUUGUAAAAGUUGUAAAGGAAAUAUCGCUAAAGAUGUUUUAAGGCUAGCUAAAAUUACCCAGAGUCCUUUUCAUGAUGGUGUUAUUACAAGCUGGUUUCAUCCUGAUUGUUUUUUUGCUAAAACAAAACCUAAAACUAUUGGGGACAUUGGUAAUUUUGAUAAUAUCAAAUGGGAGGAUCAAGAAGUUAUCCGUAAAAGAGUUGAAGGAGGAGCUGGAGAACCAGAGGCAUCAGGUAGUACCAAAGGAAAAGGCCGCAAACGCGCAAACAAUGACGCCCUGAAGGAUUUCAAAAUCGAGUACGCCAAAUCAAACCGUUCUAUCUGCGUAGCAUGUGAAACCCCAAUCAUAAAAGACACUAUCCGUGCCUCAAAAAUGGACUAUGAGAGCGAGAAGGCCGUCAAAUUCGGCGGAAUCGACCGCUGGCACCACCUCGAAUGUUUCUCAAAAAUCCGCAACGAACUCGAAUUUUUUUCCGCAGGUACCAAUCUUCCCGGUUUCAAAACUCUUAAAAAAGAAGACCAAACACUUGUUAAAAAAACUUUACCAGCUAUAAAAGAAUCUGAAGCUCCCCCCGUAAAAAAGGUCAAAUCCGAGCCAGUAGAUUCUGCAGAAGGUGAAGCAAUGAAAAAGCAGAAUAAAAAAUUAUUUGACACCAUUGACCAGUUAAAGGUGGUCAAAAAAGCAGACAUGAUUGCUGUAUUGCAGCAAAACAAUCAGUUUGUCCCCGACGGAGAGUCUAGACUCCGCGAUUCUCUUGCAGACUUGUUAGUUUUUGGCUCUUUACCACCCUGCGACAAAUGCUCAGGGCAAUUUAGGUUCAAGUCAGGCCUAGGCUAUCGCUGUAUGGGAAAUAUUACCGAGUGGACAAAGUGCGAGAAUAUGUCCGUAGACCCCAAGCGUUCUAAAGUAACCAUCCCGGGUGCUUUGAAAGAAAAAUAUGAUUUUUUCGCGUCGUAUAAAUCAAAACCCGAGCGACGUAUUGUUAGAGUAACCGCACCGUCAGGUGUCAAUGUGACUGGAGUUAAAAAAGAAGACCAAGUUGAUGGUCCGAAGGUCAACAGGGGUCCAAUGCCGCUCCGAGGAAUGCAAUUUGUAAUUGCUGGAAAAACUAAGAAGAGUAAAGACACUCUCACUAAAGAAAUAAUGAAUUUAGGGGGGACUGUUACGUCCAAAGUGAGCGACGUAACAGCUGCGGUAAUUUCUACAGAGGCUGCUGUGGAAAAAGGAGGCAAGGUUAUUGAAGAUGCGGAGAAGCUUGACAUCCAGGUUGUGUCUGAGGACUUUGUUGAUGAAGCUAAGGAUUAUAAGGACACGCCAAUUCCUUUGAUCACUAAAAAAAAUAUCGCGAGCUGGGGCGGAGAUCCCAAUGCUCGGGUAGUUGCUUCUCUUGCUAAAUCCACCUCAGCUGCGCGUGGUAAGAGUAUUUACGAAAAAUCAGGCAGUGGCAAGGUUAAGCUAAGGAUCAAAGGCGGCGGUGCAGUUGAUCCUCAGACAGAACUUGAAGAUGUUGCGCAUGUUUAUCAGCGUGGUAGUGAAAAAUUCACGACUCUUUUGGGAUUAACUGAUAUUCAGUCGAAGAAAAAUAGUUAUUAUAAAAUCCAAAUUUUGAAGCAUGAUCAGAAGAAUAAGUUCUGGUUGUUUAGAAGCUGGGGACGAAUUGGGACGACAAUUGGGGGACAUAAGCUUGAGUCUAUGUCUUUAGAAGAGUGUAUUUCUAUGUUUGAGGAGGUUUAUUACAAAGAAACGGGGAAUUUGUGGAAAAAUAGAGAGAAUUUUGUUAAACAUCCCCAUAUGAAGUAUCCUAUUGACACUGAGGACUCUGAUGAUUCUCAGGUUGGUUCUUUGGAGUCGGAAAUUAAGAGCGAGCUUAAGAAACCGGUUCAGGAAUUAAUCCGGCUUAUUUUUGAUAUUAAUAUCAUGAAAAAGGUGAUGAAGGAAUAUGAAUUAGACACGGAAAAAAUGCCACUGGGGAAAUUGUCUAAAAAACAAUUAGAGAAAGCUUAUAGGGUUCUUACAGAGCUUCAGGAGUUAAUUUCUAAAGGAAAUCCUGAACGUAUGCUGCUUAUUGAUGCUUCUAAUAGGUUUUAUACUCUGGUGCCGCAUUCUUUUGGGGUGCAAGAUCCGCCGGUUCUUGAAACUGAGGAAGCGAUUAAAGGAAAGUGUGAAAUGUUGGAUUCGUUGUUGGAGAUGGAGAUUGCGUAUAAUUUGCUGAGUGUUAAGACAGAUGAAAAUCAAAGCCCGAUUGAUGCGCACUACAAGCAGCUCAACACUGACAUUGAUGUCCUGGAAAGGGACAGUGAGGAGUUUAAGCUUGUGGAGACGUACACCAAAAAUACCCACGCGGCAACUCAUACUUCUUAUGAGUUGGAAAUUGAGGAUGUCUUUGUUAUCAAGCGCAAGGGUGAGGAUAAGAGAUAUAAGCCAUUUGCGAAGUUACCUAAUAAGAAAUUACUCUGGCACGGGUCUCGUACCACUAAUUUUGCGGGAAUUCUGUCCCAAGGGUUGCGUAUUGCUCCUCCGGAGGCUCCGGUUACCGGGUAUAUGUUUGGUAAAGGUAUUUACUUUGCUGAUAUGGUUUCCAAGUCGGCGAAUUAUUGUUGCACUAGUAGUCAAAGUCCUACUGGUUUGUUGAUGCUUUGUGAAGUCGCUCUUGGUAAUAUGUACGAGAGGCACCAAGCUGAUUAUAUUGAGAAACUUCCCAAGGGUAAACACUCGACCUUUGGUAAAGGUAGGACUGGGCCUGAUCCUAAUCAAGCUUGUAAGAAAGAUGAUGUGGAAAUUCCAUGUGGGCCUCCGGUUGAUCAAGAGAUUCCGGGGAAUGCUUCGUUGCUUUAUAAUGAGUAUAUUGUUUAUGAUGUUGCUCAAGUUAAGGCUCAAUAUCUUGUUCGCAUGAACUUCAAGUACAAAUAUUAA